AUGGGGCUACAUGAGCCUAUGCCGAACCCAGAACCUAGUAACGCCCCGCCAAGGCCUCCAACGUACGAGGAGCUCGCAGAAAGCUGGAGCCAACUUGACGCAACGAAUAAUCAACUCCGACGAGACUUAGACCAGAUGGCUACAAGACUUAAAGACGCUGAAAGCGUACGACAAGAACUACACGAGAUGAAAACGCUUUUCCUCCGUACGAUGCAGGGGCAAGCUACCCCUGACGCACAGACUCCCAAUCUCACGCCAAGCGGGGGAAGUCAGCAACCUCCUAGCCGGCCUCCGGCUACGCCUACGCCCGUACAAGAAUGUGGAAAGGCCAGACUCCCUAAUGUUAAGAUCUUCGAGAAAGGCUCACACGAGGAAUACACGCAGUGGAAGAUGCAGAUCCGUACGAAACUAUCGGCGGACCACCUGGCUUACCCUACAGAGUUCUACCAAGCUCACUAUGUGAUCUCCCGUACGGGUGGACUGGCGUUUUCAGCACUGCAGGCUUACAUACAAGAUUUCACAAGCAGAAAUCUAUCACCUAGCUUAAGUAAGCUUUGGGAACAGCUGGACGCGUUCUUCGAAGAUCCUUCAAUUAAGCAAAAAGCUCUACAGUAUCUCCGUACGACUAAGCAAGGAAAAGGCGAGUUUCUUCUCCACGUACGAGCUUUCAAUCUAAAGUUCAACGAAGCUGGUUUCGGACAAGAUGACGACGCGCUGAAAAUUGACUACCUUAAGAAUUCUCUUAACAGGAAGCUACUACGCUACCAAGCUGGGUACCAGCCUCCUUCAAAUGAGACGUACGAAGCCUUUGUGCAUCGACUUAGGAACACUUGGGAGAAUCUCAAGGUAAUUGACCAACUCUCGUCCAACGCACCCUCUUACUCCACUUCUCUCCCUACGUUCUACCCCAGCUGCUGUAGACGAAAUGGACUGGACGCCUAA